AUGGGCUACAUGCUCUAUUCCAUCGCCUUGUUCGUCCUCGUAGUCGGCACCUCGCUCUACCUCACCCGCGCGCGCUGGCUUCCCCUGCUCCCCCGCAUUACCCCGGGCCCCCUGUAUACGCGCCUGCCCACGACGUUCCGCGACGACAUUGAAGCCGGGCUGCACUCGUCCGACUUUGACCUCACAGGCAACGUCGAGGGCGACUCGCGCCAGGGCCUGGACGAGGCGGGCAAGAAGGAGGUGAUGCGCAUCAUGAAGAGGAAGAAUGUGGGCUUUGACGAGGCGCGGCGGCUGCUUAUGCAGGAGCGCUUCAGCAAGGCGGGCGUGGGGAGUGAUGGGGUCCCAAAGGAUCCCAAGUUUGUCAGCUUCUCGUGA